CCGGCGUGGGCAGGUAAGGGGAGCUGCACUCAGGCAACUACCUCAAAGGCACAGGGAGCGCUCUGGUUACCCGGCACUGUGUGUGUAUAUUUGUGCAUUGUUUCUACUUACUUCUCUUUAUGUGUCACAGAAAGAGGUGAAGUGCGGAGCUCAAAAUAAGGUGCAGAGGCAGCGAAAGGCAGGAUUACACACAUGGCAGGUUAGAGAAAGGCAGUGAGAGAGAAGGAGACGAUGGGAGGAAAAAGCAACAGAGGGAGGCUUAAGAUUACAGAGGCGAGCACCUUUUGUUGCAGAGUUCAGCUGUGAUGGACGGCUUAUGUUUAGGGAAAGAGUGAAGGUGUCCUUCAGUGCACUACCAUAAAAUUUGUGGGACCACCGAGGAUGUUCUCCUUCACUGAUCAAACUUGUGUCUGACAAACGAGGAACCUGGACUUCAAGGAAGGUGAAGAAGAAGGUCAGAGGAUUUGAUGUGAUUGAUGCAAAGAUAGUUGGCAAAGGAGGGGCAAACACAAAACCCCAGAGAAGUGUAGUCAGUGGGGCAUCGAGUGAUUGAGCCUUCUGGGUGAAUAACAAGUCAUGCAAGAACAGGAGUGAGGCUGGACGAGAGAGCACCGUUCAACAGGAGAGAGAGGGAGGGUGAGGGAAGGCUGCAGAAGCGGAGAUAAGCAGUUCAGAGCAAAAUUAGUCUACAGAGAAAGAGAGGUUGACACCGGACUGAAGAGAGAUCAAGGUUGACUCAAGUCUUUGCUGCCUCCAACCUGAUUAGGGAGAAUAGCAGAAGUAGUGGAGGCGAGCUGGGAGACCCAAUCAACAGGACGUGAGAGCCAGCUAGAGUAGAAGGAAAAGAGAAAGAAUUACACAAGGACGCUUGGUGAAAGAAGCCUCUUAAAUCUGGGAGCUGGAAUUAGAGCCGCAGGAACUGCAGAGGGGAAGCCACAAAACCACAGUGAAGAUGCCCGCUAAUGGGAACCGUCCUUUAAAACUGCAGUUUGGCCUAAUAAAUUAUGAGGGUCGCUAUCUCACUGCUGAGACCUUUGGCUUCAAGGUGAAUGCCUCAGCUCCCAGCUUAAAGAAGAAGCAGAUAUGGACUCUUGAGCAGGACUCCCAAGACACCCAGGUUGUCUAUCUGCGCAGUCACCUGGGACGCUACCUGGCCUCUGACAAGGAUGGCAAAGUCACCUGUGAGGCAGACGGCCACAACUCAGACUGUCGCUUCCUCAUCGUGGCUCAGUCAGAUGGCCGCUGGGCCCUGCAGUCUGAGCAGUACCUCCGAUUCUUCGGUGGCUCUCGGGACUACCUGUCCUGCUUCGCCCAGAUAAUCACAGAUGCCGAGCUGUGGGCAGUGCACCUGGCUCUGCAUCCUCAGGCCAACCUGCUGUCUGUGGCCCGAAAGCGUUAUGCCCACCUCUCCAUGGAGGAUGGGGAAAUCGCUGUGGACCUGAACAUUCCCUGGGGAGUGGCAGCACUCCUGACACUUGUCUACCUGGACGGGAAGUACUGCCUAAAGACCUGUGACAGCCGCUUCCUCAGCAAUGACGGAAAGCUGGUGAUGCAGAAUGGGAGGGCCACGGCAUACACCUUGGAGCUGAAGUGUGGGAAGCUGGCCUUCAAAGACUGUGAAGGGAAGUAUUUGUCCCCCAUGGGGCCUACAGGGACCCUGAGGUCUGGACGGUGCUCCAAGCCAGGCAAAGACGAACUAUUUGACCUGGAGGAGAGUCACCCACAGGUGGUUCUGAUAGCAACCAACGGGCGAUAUGUCUCCAUCAGACAAGGACUGAGCCUCGCAGCCAAUCAGGAAGAUGAGACGGACAUGGAGACGUUUCAGAUGGAGAUUGACAAGGAAACCAAGAAGUGCACGUUCCGCACCAGCCAAGGCAACUACUGGGCUGUGGUGGCUCAUGGAGGCGUCCAGACUACAGCCACAGAAGUGUCAGCAGACACCAUGUUUUCAGUGGAGUGGCUCGGCCACAAGGUGGCACUAAAAGCCAACAAUGGCAAAUACAUCUGCACUAAGAAGAACGGCCAGUUACUUGCUGUCAGUGACUCCAUAGGUGAGGAUGAGCAGCUCACUUUGAAACUAAUCAACCGACCCAUGCUGAUCCUGAGAGGACUGAAUGGAUUCAUCUGCCACCACAAGAACUCCAACACGCUGGAUGCCAGUAGAUCCGUCUACGACAUCUUCACCCUGCAGUUCAGCAAUGGGGCCUACAACAUUAAAGGUGUUGAUGGUCGGUUCUGGUAUGUGAACAGCGCCGGGUUGGUGUGUUCGGACGGUGAGGCCCCUGAGAAUUUCAGUCUGGAGCUCCUGGAACAUGGUCGUCUCGCAAUCAGGGGCAAGAACGGGAAAUACCUGCGUGGUGACCAGGGAGGAACCCUGAAGGGAGACGGACUCAGCCUGAGCAGCUCAGCCUUGUGGGAGUAUUAAUACAAACACAUAUUAGUCCAAACCUGGACUAACUUAACUCACUGUUGAGGUGAUCCGCCACUAAUCACCACUUUGGCUGCAAUGUGAAGUUAAACUUGAAGAUAUUUCACCCAGAGAGGACUCAAAGACUCAUAAAGGUGAAAGAAGGGGAGGAACUCACCAUGUAAAUUCAGCCAAGAGAAGUCUUAAUGAAGUGAACAAAGUUUUUAAUGAGUUCUUGAACUCAAAUCUGCAAAAUUAGUGUGAAUGAACGUUUGAGUUUUUGUGUUAUUGCUUGAAGUUUUUUCCAGUAAUUAAAUAUACACAAAUAAAGGCAAAUAGACUUCAGAAUGUGAUGUUUCACACACGUAAUCACAGCCACACUCCUUGGUGUUUACAUCCUUGUUGGUCUCAUCUUUGCCGCCUUUCCGCCACUCUAGUAUUGCAUUUGUAACCGCAAGCAAGUAAGCGGUAAUACAGACGUGUAAUGGCUGUUGUCCUUCAUCAAGUUGAAGACGUACAGUGACUCAAGCUGUCAUUUGAGACAUGCAGCUACAUCCACACUUACUAGAAAGGCUGGGUCAGAUUACUUUGAAAUGUGGUCAGUUACUGGAUACAAACUGCAUGGCAAUUCUUGGAAUUAGUAAUAGUAGCAGUGGGUUCCAGAAAAAUGCAAGCUUAAGGGAAUACUUUUGAAUCACUACAAAAUAAAACCACCUCAUGCUUAAAAAAAAAAAAAAAAAAUGGAUGCAGAAGCAAAAAUUAACCUCCACAAAGAUUCCUUUUCCUCUUUAAAUAUGUGAAAACAUUUUCAAAUAAAAUAGAUUUUGCAUUUUCAGCAUGCAAUUGCAGAACUGCGGGUCUACUGUGUUUAUUCAACAACACGUAGGAUGUUGUUUCUUUUUUUAUGUGUGAGUUUUUGUUGAAGCCACAUGGAGGACUUUACUUGUGUAAUGCAAGAGGUGCCCUUACUUGAAAUUUUCAUCUUCCAAAUCAAAAGAAAUAAUUCAAUAAAACAUUGAUGAAAAACAGAAAAAAAUCUGUUCAAUAUUUUCAAAACUUGGAACCUGAAAGGAGUUACUAGACUGCUUUCAAGUAUAGUAGAUGGUCUUAGAUUGCACAUUCAGAAA